GAACCCGAUCGGGAGCUCUGCAAGAAGAAGCGUCCGACGACGACUUCGGUUAGGCGAUCUUGAGCCUCGAUUGUGAUUCUUGAUCUCGGGCUGCGAGUAGAUCUUGCUUGUCGAUUAGGGUUUGUGUUGGAACGAAUCGAGGAGGUUCAUUUGCCCGGUCCGGAAACUUUGAGAUCGGAUCCAACGAACUCGUACAGUUUUUUUCGGGCAUAGAGUCAUGAAGCGAGGUUUGGACUGGAGCAUCUAUGAGGUUCGGCCAAUCAGCUUUAUAUUCAGUAUGAUGACCAACUAAGCCUGAUUCUGAAACCACUGUUUCAGGGGCUUGGUCAUAUCUUUGUGGGAUCCGUCAGGAUGGUUUCUCUAGAUUCAGACAAGUUCAAGUUAUUCCCAAAAAGAGAUCCUCUAUCUUAAUUGGUCAAUGAGGCUGAUUUGGACCAAUCCUGUUCCUAAUCCAAAAUUUCCUGUGGCCUAUGUAAUAAUUAAUCUCGUUUUUUUGUUACUGUUUAAACUGUGAUAGAUAUUUAAGAUGGUUUUGCCUGGAACAAUUGUGAAUUUUUUGUCAACUUGAUAUAGCUCAGAUGUUUUGCUACUUGGAAAGCACUUGAGGCUAAUUCAUGCAUCAGUAGAAUUUUAUGAAGUCCAUUUUUUCUACUGAUUUAUGAUUGUUCCAUGGUGUGCGCCGUUGAUAUUGUCGUCAUAAAAUGGACUCAGCUUUUCUAUUUUAGUAAAUGUAAGGAUUGUUGUUUGGAUGUAGAGGAUUGUUAUAUGUUCCUCCUUUUGUCCUAGUAAUGCCACUUUUCUUCUGUUUUUUCUUCCAUACUCCAUCUAUUGUCUUAAAACCUCCAUAUUCAAUAUUUCAAGAAAAAGGCCUAAUGCUAUGUUUUUUAUUUUAUGGGUCAUCUGCAUAUCUGCAGGCUAACCUUGGCACCAUGGUGAGACUGCUUCUUUGUGACCUAGGUAAAUAGGGUUCGAGACACGAAGAUGGUUUCUUUGCUUGCAGCUUGGAGAAAAUGUUUGGGAUGACUUUGCUAAGGGUGACGAUCAUGUAGUGUCUGCUGAAAAUCGUGAAGUUCCAGAUCUAUCAGCGAUUCUGUUUGAUAACAACAAGAAGUCACGACAUGAGCCAGAUUUUGAAAAGAGCAACUACGCUGCUGAUAAUCUAAGCCCCGGUGGGCACGAUCACAACUCUGUCUUGAAAGAUCUCACUUUCCAUGAGUGGCCUGAUAUUGACAAUUUUGAGGAUGUUGAGAGAAUGUUCAGAAAUUGUGAUUCCACAUUUGGACAAAGUCAUGUAAGUUGUGUUGGUGGGAUAUCGUGGUUGGCAUCUUCAUCUAAUACCGUUGAUGGUUCUGGAGCUUCUAACCUAGCAGCCUUAUCGUCAUCAUGUCCAGAGCUGGGUUUGCCGAAUGAUACAUUGGAAGAGAGUUAUGCAAAGACCAUGUGUUUUCCUAAAUUUGAUCCAUCAGCUACUGAUGCUACAUCAGCUAGUGUUGAUUGUCAUUCUAACAGUGGUUGCCUGGGGAAUGAUGCAGAAGUUGAGGGCAUAUCCGUGUCCAAAGAACAGAUUAAGAGUCAAUACUCAUCGGAGGAUGAUGCAAUGCAAAGAUGCUUAAAUCAGAUGGUUCCAACCUCAGCUGUUACCACUCAUACAGAUUCUUUUCAGUACUUUCCAGAGCGAAACCAUUUCUUUGGAUGCCCUUCUAGUAGUUACUUGAACAAUUUCAAUUCUCAUGCCCAAGUGGAUUACAGCUUUCCUGCAGAUCGGAUCCCACAAACACAAUCAACAUCAUCAAGUGUCAAUUUUGAGAAUGAGACUCAUCAUAUGACAUCAUUUGAGCAUUCCCCAUAUCAAUCAUCAACGCCUCCAGCAAUGCCACUAGAUCUCAGGAUGGAAAAACUACCAGAAAAGCAGUCAUAUGCUCCAGUACUUAUGGAACACUGCCAUCACGAUGCAGUCAGAAAUAAAUCUUCAGUUCUGAAGAAUAAAUCUCUACAUGCUACAGCAAGUGAGAGUUCACAAGAACUUGAUAGUGCUCCAAUAGCUGGGAGAAAAUCUACAAUAGUACAACAAAACUCUUUAGUGAGAUCUGUUUCUUUGGAUGACAUCUCAGCAGAAGCAAUGAGUUUCCAACAGCUUUGGCAUGUUAUGGAUCAGUUGGAUGAUGGAACUAAGUGCUGCAUCAGAGAUAGUCUAUACCGUUUAGCAAGGAGUACCAUACCAAGAAAUAUUCUUGAUAGAAGCAAUAGUUGCCGUGGAAGUAUGGACGAGAGUAAAAUUCUGGGUGCAGCAGUAUGGACUAGCAGAUGUGCAGAAAUUAAGGUGGAAACUGCAACAAAUCCAAUAGACCGAUCUGUAGCUCAUCUACUAUUCCAGAGGCCUCCAGUAUCAUUCAAAUCUCUGAUUAAGAGUUAAAAACCUUUUCUAUUUUAUAUCUAACAAAGGCGACAGUCAGUUGGGACAGUUGUAGAAGAAUCAGCUUACGGGACCAAGUAGGUUAGUCGUGCAGCCACAGCUUUGCAAUGCAUGGGGUAUCGUAUCAUCUCGUCUCCAGUGUAUAAAAUGUGAGUUUUGGUCGCUCAACGUGUGCAGCCGCAGCUUUUGAGUUUUUGAG